GGACAAGAGGGUGAAGCCCAGCACGAAGAGGUAAAAAAGAGUGGCCACGUCCAAAGGAAGGUAGAGAAAAGGCAGGAGGGCCGCAAGCUUGAUGCCCACAUUGAGGAACAGUUUGGUGGUGGGCGUCUCCUGGCCUGUAUCUCAUCCCGCCCUGGCCAAUGUGGCAGAGCUGAUGGUUACAUUAUCGAAGGCAAGGAGCUGGAGUUCUACCUGAAGAAGAUCCAGAGGAAAAAAGGCAAGGGUGCCGGUGCAGCUGCCUGAGUAAACUUUUUAGAAGCUCAAAUGAAGUACUAUUAUUUUCCUUUUUUAUGCCUCUAAGCUACUUUUCAACUGUUGCUGAAUCUUUAAACCAAAGGCUUCCUUCUGUUAUUUGUAAUAGCGGAUUUUGUUCUGUUCGAAUGGUGGUGAACUGAGGUUCUUAAUGCUUUGUUUUUUUGCUUAAUUUAUGUUUGUUCUUGCAAAGCUAGAUUUCAUUAGAGAAGUGUUUCAGUCCUUUCAGAUAUAUCCACACCACAAACAGCACUGGAAGUAAUAUUGGAUGGCUGGGAUGGAUGCCACGUGUUUCCUUUAUUUUAAAUCUGAAUAAAUUAAAUAAUUUUCUCUGUA